AUUCCUAUGAGCAAGAAGAAUAAGAAAGAACGCUACCAAGAAGAGUUAGAAGAGCGUAUUAUAUCAUUGAUUGCAUCAUUAUUUGGUGGAAUCUUGAGGGGUUCUAGAAGGGAUAGAUUGUUAAGUAAGUUUGUGGAAAAUGAGUGUGAAAAGAUAGACCGUCUUAUGGAACUUUACAUAAGAUAUUCGGACAGAGUUAAAGCUGAGACCAAAAGGAUGAACCAACUUAAACUUGAUGAUUUAGAGAUGGAUGAAGAUGAAAGAUACAAUCGACGACUAGAGGCUGGACUUUACACUCUUCAGUUGAUUUCAAUCAUUUUGAGUCAUCUUUGGUCUUCUGAGAAUCCCCGGAUGCGAGCGAGAAUUGAACUACUACUCAAGCAGCAAAGAAUUACCAAAGAGGACAUCAUAGAUAUACUUCAGGUAAUUUUUUGAUAUUAUUAACCAUCU